CUGCCAACCAGCAUGUCGGAGAUCAGCCCUUCCAUGUCGAUGCCUUUCUCAUCCAGCUCAGAAACUGCUCCUCUAAGCUUAGCGUCGCCCAGGUCAGUUGUUGCAGAUAAUCAGGACAACAGUAACUUACCUCAAGUAGCUGUACCAGCACCUCGAGUUACUCACCGGAUGCAGUCCAGAGGUUCUUUCUAUUCAGUGGUACCAAAUGCAAACCUCCAUCAAGAUCCUCAGUCUAUUUUUGUUACGAAUCAAGUUCCUUUAACACCUUCUCAAGGUCCACCUGCUGCAGUGCAGCUUUCGUCAGCCAUGAACGUUAUGAACGGUUCUCAGAUGCACAUUAACCCAGCAAACAAAUCAUUGCCUCCUGCCUUUGGGCCAGCAACGCUCUUCAAUCACUUUAGUAGUCUUUUUGAUAGCAACCAGGUGCCAGCUAACCAAGCGUGGGGAGACUGUCCACUCUCUACCCGAGCAGCAGCUGACCCAUCUUUCACUGUUCAGUCUACCUUUCUGAAUAACUCUGUGCUAGGACAUGUGGAAAACGUCCAUCCUGACAACUCCAAGGCUCCUGGUUUCAGGCCACCUUCCCAGCGGGUUUCAACUAGUCCUGUAGCAGGUGAAUCUCCUAUUCCAUCAGUUUCCUCAGGAUCAUCUUCGCCCCUCUCAGCUGCUUCUGCACCUUCUAACUUGGGCCAGCCAAAAACGGGUAACGCCAAUCCAGAUCGCAAGGUUCCCCCUCCCAUCGGGACAGAGAGACUCGCCAGGAUCCGGCAGGGAGGGUCAGUCACUCCCACACCCCUGGGAACCAACUUCACAGCUCCUGUGGGUCACAGCGGCAUCUGGUCCUUCGGCGUGAACAGCGUGUCCGAAGGCCUGUCAGGCUGGUCUCAGCCUGUCAUGGGAAAUCAUCCAAUGCAUCAGCAGCUGUCGGACCCAGGCACGUUUUCUCAGCAUCAGCCAAUGGAGAGAGAUGAUUCUGGAAUAGUGGCUCCCUCGAAUAUUUUCCACCAACCUAUGCCAAAUAGUUUUGUGGAUUUUUCUAAAGGUCUGCCCAUCUCCAUGUACGGCGGCACUCUGAUCCCCUCGCAUCCUCAGCUGGCGGAUGGCCCCGGAGGGCCCCUCUUUAACGGGCUCCAUACUCCAGAUCCCGCCUGGAAUCCCAUGAUCAAAGUUGUCCAGAACUCAACAGAAUGUACUGAUGCUCAGCAGAUUUGGCCUGGCACCUGGGCACCUCACAUUGGAAACAUGCAUCUCAAGUACGUCAACUGAUUUAAGGGGGUCUGUCCUUUUUUAGCCUGGUUUGGGAAUCUUUAUGACCUUGAAGAACCCUGGGGAUUUUUUUCAUGUGCCUAACAAAGCGAUUUUCUGUGGGCUGUAACAAUGGAAACUUGAUUGCCCAUUGUAUAAGAACAAAUUGACUUACCUAUACAAACUGAUUCUCUUCUCCAGUUAGUUUAGCCACUUUAAACUUUAAAAAAAAAAAAUCAGACAAAACUAGUGCUUUUGGCUAAACACUACUGAAUGCUCCUUGUAUGCAGCAGAGAACUAGCUGAUGACAUGAUUUCAGCCUUUAGGGUGGUAAAUGCCUGUAUAAUUGUUUACAGACUUAAAAGGAAAAGCUGAGUAAAUUUCAUGUCGUAUAGUGGC